GGAGGCUGCCGCGCGUCUCGGGGCGCGGGUCCCGGCACCGUGGCGCGGCGGGCGCGCUGAGGCCGGGCGGAGCGCGGGGACCGGGCGUCCUGCGGGGACGCGUGGCGGGCGCGAGCCGAGCGGGCGGCGGCGGGAGCGGUAGCUUUUGAAGACCUCUGUUGCAUGUAAUCAGUGGUGCUUUGCACUACAGAAAAGACAGGAGUAACUUAGCGUCUCCAUGAGCACAUGGGCUCCACCUCACACCCCUUGUGGAUCCUCAGAGGAACAAAAUAAGUUGUAAGAAAGGAUCUUUCAAAGAUGAUCUGGCUGCCCUGGAGACUUGGAGAUCUGAUGUCACAAUGAGGACUCACACACGGGGGGCUCCCAGUGUGUUUUUCAUAUGUCUGCUUUGCUUGGCGGCAGCCCGCACCACAGACGAGAACCCUGAAGUCAUGAUCCCCUUUACCAACGCCAACUACGACAGCCACCCCAUGCUGUACUUCUCCAGGUCGGAGGUGGCGGGGCUGCGGCUCCAGGCCCAGGGCUCCCACGAGCACAUCGCGGCCAGGCUCACGGAGGCUGUGCACACCAUGCUGUCCAGCCCCCUGGAGUACCUCCCUCCCUGGGACCCCAAGGACUACAGCGCCCGCUGGAAUGAAAUCUACGGGAACAACCUGGGCGCCCUGGCAAUGUUCUGUGUGCUGUACCCGGACAACCUGGAAGCCCGGGACAUGGCUAGAGACUACAUGGAGAGGAUGGCGGCACAGCCUAGUUGGUUGGUGAAAGAUGCUCCUUGGGAUGAAGUCCCGCUGGCACACUCCCUGGUGGGCUUUGCCACUGCCUAUGACUUCUUAUACAACUACCUGAGCACGAUGCAGCAGGAACGGUUUCUUGAAGUGAUUGCCAAUGCCUCGGGAUAUAUGUAUGAGACCUCCUACAGGAGAGGAUGGGGCUUUCAGUACCUGCACAAUCACCAGCCCACCAACUGCAUGGCUCUGCUCACAGGAAGUCUCAUUCUGAUGAACAAAGGGUAUCUACAGGAAGCAUAUUUAUGGACCAAACAAGUCCUGACCAUCAUGGAGAAAUCCCUGGUCUUGCUCCGAGAGGUGACUGAUGGCUCCCUUUAUGAAGGAGUGGCCUAUGGCAGCUACACCACCAGGUCUCUGUUCCAGUACCUGUUCCUCGUGCAGAGGCACUUCGGUAUCAACCACUUCGGCCACCCUUGGCUUAAACGCCACUUUGCAUUUAUGUAUCGAACUGUCUUGCCAGGGUUUCAAAGAACUGUGGCGAUUGCAGACUCAAACUACAACUGGUUUUACGGUCCAGAAAGCCAGCUGGUGUUCUUGGAUAAAUUUGUCAUGCGCAAUGGCAGCGGGAACUGGCUGGCCGACCAAAUCAGAAGGCAGCGGGUGCUGGAGGGCCCGGGAACCGCAUCCAAAGGGCAGCGCUGGUGUACUCUGCACACGGAGUUUCUCUGGUAUGACGCCAGCCUGAAAUCAGUUCCUCCUCCAGAUUUUGGCACCCCCACAUUGCAUUAUUUCGAAGACUGGGGUGUUGUUACUUACGGAAGUGCGCUGCCCGCAGAAAUCAAUCGGUCUUUCCUUUCCUUCAAGUCAGGGAAACUUGGGGGACGUGCAAUAUUUGACAUUGUCCACAGAAACAAAUACAAAGAUUGGAUCAGAGGCUGGAGGAAUUUUAAUGCGGGGCAUGAGCAUCCUGACCAGAACUCCUUUACGUUUGCCCCCAAUGGUGUGCCUUUUAUCACUGAGGCGCUCUACGGGCCCAAGUACACCUUCUUCAACAACGUUCUGAUGUUUGCUCCGGCGGUGUCCAAGAGCUGCUUUUCUCCCUGGGAAGGUCAGGUCACUGAAGACUGCUCAUCCAAAUGGUCUAAAUACAAGCAUGACCUGGCAGCUAGCUGUCAGGGGAGAGUGGUCGCAGCGGUGGAAAAAGAUGGGGUGGUGUUCAUCCGGGGAGAGGCCGUGCGAGCUUACAACCCCCAGCUGAAGCUGAAGAACAUUCAGAGGAAUCUGAUCCUCCUCCACCCUCAGCUUCUCCUGCUGGUGGACCAGAUCCACCUAGGGGAGGAGAGCACCCUAGAGACGGCAGCGAGUUUCUUCCACAAUGUGGACGUUCCUUUCGAGGAGACGGUGGUAGAUGGGGUCCACGGGGCGUUCAUCAGGCAGCACGAUGGUCUGUAUAAAAUGUACUGGAUGGACGAUACUGGCUACAGUGAGAAAGCAACACUUGCCUCAGUGACUUAUCCUCGGGGCUAUCCCUACAAUGGGACAAACUACGUCAAUGUCACCAUGCGGCUCCGCAGGCCCGUCACCAGGGCAGCUUACCUCUUCAUAGGGCCGUCAGUGGAGGUGCAGAGCUUCAGCAUCCAUGGGGACCGGCAGCGGCUCGAUGUGUUCAUCGCCACCAGCGAACAUGCCUACACCACUUACCUGUGGACGGCGGAGGCCACGGGGCCCUCUGCCUUUGCACAUGUCAUCGCAGACCACCGGAAAAUCCUGUUUGACCAGAGUUGUGCCCUCAAGAGCGCCAGUGUCCCUGAGGUGAAGGACUACGCUGCCAUCGUGGAGCAGAACCUGCAGCAUUUUAAGCCAGUGUUUCAGCUGCUGGAGAAACAGAUCCUGUCCCGAGUCCGGAACACAGCGAGCUUUCGGAAGACUGCAGAGCGCCUGCUGAGGUUUUCGGAUAAGAGACAGACGGAGGAGGCCAUUGACAGGAUUUUUGCAAUAUCGCAGCAGCAGCAGCAAAGCAAGGCAAAGAAAAGCCGAAGGGGAGGCAAACGCUAUAAAUUCGUGGAUGCCGUCCCUGAUAUUUUUGCACAGAUUGAAGUCAAUGAGAAAAAGAUUCGACAGAAAGCUCAGAUUUUGGCCCAGAAAGAACUCCCCAUAGAUGAAGAUGAGGAAAUGAAAGACCUUUUAGAUUUUGCAGAUGUAACAUACGAAAAGCAUAAAAACGGGGGCUCGAUCAGGGGUCAGUUUGGGCAGGCACAGAUGGCGGCCACGACUCAUGGCAGAGCCCCGUCUCUGUCCGCUUCAUACACGAGACUGUUCUUAAUCCUGAACAUUGCAAUUUUCUUUGUCAUGUUGGCAAUGCAGCUGACUUACUUCCAGAGAGCCCAGAGUCUGCAAGGCCAACGAUGUCUUUACGCAGUGCUCCUGAUAGACAGUUGCAUCUUACUGUGGCUGUAUUCCUCCUGCUCUCAGUCGCAGUGUUAGCACUGAAGCUGUGACCUGCUUGAUCCUUCUGUGAUCCCAAGAGUCUGUGCAAAAAAAAAAAAAUCCUUGCUCCAGUUACUGAAAUUUUUUCUCAGAUUUGUUUUCACAAAUUAAGGGCAGAUAUUUUUGCAUGAGAAAGGGCUUGGAGAAAUCAGAACUGGAGCAAGCCAAGAAUGUAUCAAAGCUAGGAAAGUAACUUGAUUGUCCCCUGGAGUUUCUGGAGUUCAGCAGUCCUGGUGGUACUACUUUUAGAAAGAUAAAAGAAGUCUGUUUUUUUUUUUUUUUUCUUGAAAGAAAGAAAGAUUUAGAUAAAACUGGGUUUUAUUAUGAUUAAUUUAAUGCUAUUGGUAAUUUCCAGAUACUAUUUUAUGGAAAAGACUGAAGCACACAGUUGUAAGAAAUAUAGACUUUUAAAGAAUGAAUGACAGCUUUUGUUAAUACAGGACCUGAGUGAUUAUUCAUAUAAUCUAAUAAAAAGGAUGGCAGAUGAUCAUUAAAAACUUCUUUGUUGUCAGUAGCAAACAAGUAUGCAAAUGAGUAUUUGCUUGGGGAUGUUUGUCUCUGCGGGCAUCUAAUUGGUUGGUUUAAUGCAUUCAUUGGUAUUUCAAUAAGCAAGACAAUUAUAGAUAGAAAACUGUUAUAGAUGUAGUGACUAAACUUUUCAAAAUAAAAUUUUUAUAUCCUGAAUUUCUAUACCAAAGAAUAUGGGGAAUCUAAUCUGGCUAUGAUUCUUAUGUUUUUUUAAUAGAAAACUUUCUUCAAGUUUAUUUUGCUAAAUAAAUAGAGCAUAAUUUUU